AUGACACGGAAGAAGAAGGUAUUAAGUGAUGGACCAAGCUCGUCACGAAGCUUUGAUCCGCCAAAUGAAAAGGUCGUGAUACCACCUGCUUCUACCCAAGUAGCGUUCAAGGAGUUACAGCGAUUGCAUGCUAUGCGAAUGGAACUUUUUGGCUUUGGGGGGUGGUUAGCAUCUGCUCUUUUCUACGUGCUCUUCUUAGUAUGGGCAUACGUGCCCGAAGUGACGUUAAGAGCGUACGGGUUUACCUACUUUCCAUCGAAACAUUGGGCGGUGGCAGUCCCAGCGAUGAUGGUUGUGACGUACCUCUUUUCAUUGGUGCUCUACAAGGCUCUUAACUUGCUGUCGACACCAAGUCUUAAGUCAUAUGCAACUAUUCUUGACUCCCAUACAGUGCCACUACCUGAAGGCUCUACGUGCUUUCAAGAUGAUACACAAGCUACCCCUGGAAUUGGAGAUAUCUCCAUCUUUGAAGUCAAUCGUCACUUCUUUUCAAACAACAAACAAUCCAAACAAGACUAA